CUGGUUUAGUACACGUCAGGAGGGAUUGUGUGCUCGAGGCUUUGUUCAUGGUCAUCGCAUCGGUUGACGUGUAAGCAGGAGAUUCCGCAUGCCAAAUCGUGGUCCUCGAUACCGGCCAUCGCUUGAAGUUCUCCAUCAGAACUCGGUCCUCGAACUCCACGAAACACGUCAACCAAAACCUCACAUAAUGGCUCCCCCGAACAAGUACUCCGUUAUCCUUCCCACCUACAAUGAGCGCAAGAAUCUGCCGAUCAUUUGUUGGCUGAUCGAGAAAACCUUUCGCGAGAACAACCUCAAUUGGGAGGUCAUCAUUGUUGACGAUGCGUCCCCCGACGGGACCCAAGAAAUUGCAAAGCAGCUUCAGGGGCUGUGGGGCGAAGACCACAUUGUUUUGAAGGCCCGCGCAGGAAAACUCGGCCUCGGGACCGCCUAUGUUCACGGCUUGCAAUUCGUCACUGGCAACUUUGUUAUCAUCAUGGACGCCGACUUCAGCCAUCACCCCAAGUUUAUCCCCGAAAUGAUCAAAAUCCAAAAAGAAACCGGCUGUGAUAUAGUUACGGGAACAAGAUACGCGAACCGUGACCACUUGCACGGCGGUGUCUAUGGUUGGGAUUUAAAACGCAAGCUGACUUCUCGUGGCGCAAACUUGAUCGCGGAUGUUAUGCUGAUGCCUGGAGUGAGCGAUCUGACGGGCAGUUUCCGUUUGUAUAAGAAGCAGGUGUUGGAGAAAGUUAUCAAGAGCACUGAGAGCAAGGGCUAUACAUUCCAGAUGGAAAUGAUGGUUCGGGCAAAAGCAAUGGGCUACAAAGUGGAGGAGUGUCCUAUCACCUUUGUUGAUCGUCUCUAUGGAGAGAGUAAACUUGGUGGAGAGGAGAUUGUGGAGUAUCUCAAGGGGGUUUUCAGCUUGUGGUGGAAGGUCUAA